CUAAGAGCUGUAACCUGUCGUGACUGCGGGGCUCACCAGGCAAAGAGUACAAUGUCGAUUGUCGAGGGAUGAAAAUUAUGCAGAGCACCGCCGUAUAGACGAAGCGAAGCAUUACCAUAGGACUGGUGCAGCCUGACGCGCGGGAUGCAGAUGAAGUCUUGUGGUAUAAAUUCGCCCUUUCCUCGAUCGUCGUUGGACUGAUCGGAUCCUCCCAUCAACAAUACCAUUAUCCCUUCUUCAAUUGUGCAUGUACUCCGUCGCGAUGAGUGCUCGCAAGUCUGAGUCAUCACUCGCUCCCAGAGAAGGCAAUCAAGCUGGUCGUGAGCGACUGACGGCAGAGUCCCUUGAGCGAUGUGCAGCUGCUUCCAGCGUAAGUCGCAGUCGUGCUGCUUGUUCGGGGUCUGCUAACUCCUUGCAGCCCGAUAGAGUGAAGCGGUUUAUUGCAGGAAGGGUCCGCGAAGAAGCUAGUCAGCUUGCUCAUCAGACGCUCGGUGAACGUUACGCGGUUCGUAUGGAAGAUGGUCUUGCACCCGACUUCGAUAGCGACCAUUUGGAGUCUAUCCGGUCCAGCGAGGCGAAGGCGGAUUUGGAUAAGAUACGCCAGAUGUACCGUCUGUGCGAAGAGCCUGGACCAGAGCCAAUGCUGCGUUUCGCAACGUUCAGCGCCAUUGACGAGCCGUUCCCGUUGCUAACCAAGAGAGCCAUGUCCGACUCUGGUGUUGAUUACGGUUCGCUCGAGUCGGUACAAGCUCGGGCAGUUGCUGCGACGUCAAUCUUACAGACCCAGCAUAACCACGGGACGUCCGACAACGGCUACCUCGAUUGCCGGACGAACUCAAUCCCAUCAAGCAGUUUGGCGCGGGUGUACAAAACCCCGCGCUGCCGUAAAAGGUUGGCUUCACGUGCAGAGUCGGAGGAAGAUACCGGCAAGCGUUCACGGUCCGGGUAGCAGGGAGGGUUGGCGCGAUGUUCCAUAACCAACAAGGACGUUCGCACAGUGGACUUUGUCCAC